AGGAGGAAGGAUGCAGGGGAAGAAGCCGGGCGGCUCGUCGGGCGGCGGCCGGAGCGGCGAGCUGCAGGGGGACGAGGCGCAGAGGAACAAGAAGAAGAAAAAGAAGGUGUCCUGUUUCUCCAACAUCAAAAUCUUCUUGGUGUCCGAGUGCGCCUUGAUGCUGGCGCAGGGCACGGUGGGCGCCUACCUGGUGAGCGUCCUGACCACUCUGGAGCGCAGGUUCAACCUGCAGAGCGCCGACGUGGGCGUGAUCGCCAGCAGCUUCGAGAUCGGGAACCUGGCGCUCAUCCUGUUUGUGAGCUACUUCGGGGCGCGCGGGCACCGGCCUCGCCUCAUCGGCUGCGGGGGCAUCGUGAUGGCGCUGGGCGCACUGCUGUCUGCGCUGCCCGAGUUCCUCACCCACCAGUACAAGUACGAGGCCGGCGAGAUCCGCUGGGGCGCCGAGGGCCGCGAUGUCUGUGCUGCCAACGGCUCCGGGGGAGACGAGGGGCCGGACCCUGACCUCAUCUGCCGCAACCGGACAGCCACCAACAUGAUGUACUUGCUGCUUAUUGGGGCUCAGGUACUCCUGGGCAUCGGUGCUACCCCUGUGCAACCCCUCGGGGUCUCCUACAUCGACGACCACGUGCGGAGGAAGGACUCUUCGCUCUACAUAGGAAUCCUGUUCACAAUGUUGGUAUUUGGACCGGCCUGUGGAUUUAUCCUGGGAUCUUUCUGUACCAAAAUCUAUGUGGAUGCAGUCUUCAUUGACACAAGUAACUUGGACAUCACCCCCGAUGACCCGCGCUGGAUUGGAGCUUGGUGGGCCGGCUUUCUCCUCUGCGGUGCCUUGCUCUUCUUCUCGUCCCUCUUGAUGUUUGGCUUCCCGCAGUCCCUGCCCCCGCACUCAGACCCUGCCAUAGAGAGCGAGCAGGCUAUGCUCCCCGAAAGAGAAUACGAGAGGCCCAAGCCCAGCAACGGCGUCCUCAGACACCCCCUAGAGCCAGACAGCAGUGCCUCCUGCUUCCAGCAGCUCAGAGUGAUCCCCAAAGUCACCAAGCACCUGCUCUCAAACCCUGUGUUCACCUGUAUCGUCCUGGCUGCCUGUAUGGAGAUCGCUGUUGUGGCUGGCUUUGCUGCCUUCCUGGGCAAGUACCUGGAGCAGCAAUUUAACCUCACCACCUCCUCUGCCAACCAGCUGCUUGGGAUGACAGCGAUCCCAUGCGCCUGCCUUGGCAUCUUUCUGGGUGGCCUCCUGGUGAAGAAGCUGAGUCUGUCUGCCCUGGGUGCCAUCCGGAUGGCCAUGCUCGUCAACCUUGUGUCCACCGCCUGCUAUGUGUCCUUCCUCUUCCUGGGCUGUGACACGGGCCCUGUGGCUGGGGUGACAGUUCGUUAUGGGAACAACUCAGUACGUGGCUCAGCCCUGGAUCCCUACUCACCAUGUAACAACAACUGUGAAUGCCAGACGGAUUCCUUCACGCCAGUCUGCGGAGCCGAUGGCAUCACCUACCUGUCAGCCUGCUUUGCUGGCUGCAACAGCACGAAUCUCACGGGCUGUGCGUGCCUCACCACCGUCCCCCCAGAGAAUGCUACCGUGGUUCCGGGCAAAUGCCCCAGUCCGGGGUGCCAAGAGGCCUUCCUCACCUUCCUCUGUGUGAUGUGUGUCUGCAGCAUGAUCGGGGCCAUGGCCCAGACACCCUCCGUUAUCAUUCUCAUCAGGACAGUCAGCCCUGAACUCAAGUCUUAUGCCCUGGGAGUCCUUUUUCUCCUCCUUCGUCUGUUGGGUUUCAUCCCCCCGCCCCUCAUCUUUGGGGCUGGCAUCGACUCCACCUGCUUGUUCUGGAGCACCUUCUGUGGAGAACAAGGUGCCUGCGUCCUCUAUGACAAUGUGGUCUACAGAUACCUGUACGUCAGCAUCGCCAUCGCACUCAAGUCCUUCGCCUUCAUCCUCUACACCACCACAUGGCAGUGCCUGCGGAAAAACUAUAAACGCUACAUCAAAAACCACGAGGGCGGGCUGAGCACCAGUGAGUUCUUUGCCUCUACUCUGACCCUAGACAAUCUGGGGAGGGACCCUGUGCCCGCACACCAGACACAUAGGACAAAAUUUAUCUAUAACCUGGAAGACCAUGAGUGGUGUGAAAAUAUGGAGUCCGUUUUAUAGUGACUAAAGGAGUGCUGAACGCUGUAUUAGUAAACAAAGGGUCAUUUUUCUUAAAAAAAGAAAAAAGAAAAAAAAAAGGUUUUCAAAUACAGAUUUAACACAGUGACACAGAUGCACACACACACAUACACACACACACACACACACACACACACACACACACACACACACAUGCAGACACACGACCUUUGUACCUUUUUCUCAAAAUCAGAGCCAGACAGGAUUCAGAAUAAGGAGAGAAUGGGAUGGCCCUGGAGGACGCUCAUACUGCUGGGGCUCAGAAUCUGCUUUGAAGGCACUCCAUGGUUUCAGGAUGCCGACAGCUACAAGCAACAGGCACUGCCAAAUUCAGGGAACACUGGUGGCCAGCUUGGAGGAUGGACAUUUCUGGAUAUACAUAUACUUAUAAAACAAAACAAAAGCUUAACAAAAAAGUCUACUAAAACCACAAAUUCAAGUUGAGAACAUUGCCAGAUUAAGCACUAGUGACAUUCUGUGCCACUGUCUCCCUCCACAUGGGGUGGGGGGUGCACAGGCUGGAAGGGAGGAAACCCCACUCCUCUCUUUAACUUUUGCAAUAUGGGUCACUAUGUAGACCACUCACCAAGUCUUCAUGUGAUUCACGUUCACAGAGAUCUCUCAGAGAUGCUCAUGGGCGGUCAAUACUAGAGUUUGAGGUUGGCACCUCUCACCAGCUCCAUUUCCAUGUUCAAGACUGAGGGCCCAAGGGGGAGCUGAGUAGGGGGCAAGCACCUUCCCUUCUCCUGGGGCUCCCCCCAGCCCCACAGUGUGACCUCAGGAAGAUGUGGGCCUUGCCUGGCUAUGACUGACACCCCCUCAGAGCUGGUGAGCCCCAACAUAGCCCAAGUCAUUUACUCACAUUUGCCAAACAUUUUGCCAUUUUUUUCAAAAACAAAUAAUACAAUGUGUACGAAUUUCCAGCUGUUGUAUGUAUAUUCCUCUAAUACUACUUUUAACUACUUCUGAAACCUGUGUUAACCCUUCAGUCACUAACACAGCUCUUAUUUUCUCCUUUUCUAACACACCAAAAAUAUAAUGUGAUUCAAGGGAUGCAAUUAA